AUGGACGCGCCACCGACGCUGGCGACGCUGCCGGCCGAGUUGCAGAAGGAGAUCGCGGAGGCACUGCACUACGAAGACGUCAUUGCCUUCCGCCAGGUAUCCCGUGACAUGCGUGCAGCCUCCGAGGACGCAUUUUUGACUCUGCACUUUGGAGAGCGUCACUAUGUCUUCUCACGAUACGGUCUCACUCGCCUUGCCGAGUACACCUCACACCCACACCUCACCAAGAAGCUAUGGAAUAUUCGAAUCAUCGUCGUCGAUCCUGCAGCUUGUGCAACAUCUUCUGAAACCCACACCACCCAGAGACCCGAAUCGAUCGAUAGUGACUCUGAUGAAGAGGUCGAUAGAGACGAACCCGCAUCACGGGGGAGCGAGAUCAAGCGACUAGAGUCGGCAUGGCAGCCCGAAAUGACCGACUUGACCAACGAUGACCUGGACAUCCAUCUGUUGGCAUUGACCAUGCACAAUCUGCGAGCAGCUAGUCAGGAGGUGGCAUUUUGCGUCACAGGCUCGAUCGGAGACGAUGUCGCGCCUGGGAUGGCCAUUAGAAGCGAUGAGAUGCUGGACGUCUUGAAUCUUGAGGGAAGCCAUCAAUUCGUGCGACGUGGUUCCUCUGGCAGUGACUGUAGCCGGAUCAUGAACAGUCUGUUCAAAGCGGCGGCAAGGACGGGGUUCUCUUUCAGCCAUCUCGAGUUGUGUGAAGACCCGGACAGAGGUACCUUCACGUCAGAGGCACUCGACGGCCUGUGUUCAUUGGACAUGGAGAGACUGUGUCACUCGUGGGAAAGCCUCUCGUCGCUGAUGAUAGGAUUUGCACAUGGUCAGGAACGUUGGUUCGUUGAUAGAGACAACGGCUUAGGCGCACUGAUCGCUUCUGCGACCAACAUCACGUCGCUGUUCCUUUACAACGACGGCAUGUAUGAUGAGCACUGGGAAGGAUCUGCAGCUUUCGACGACUCCAAUCCAUUGAGCUGGUUAGGCAAAGCCUUUGCCAACCAUCGGCUGCAUCAUCUGCGGCUAGGCGGCUUCUAUGGGAGAGCUGAUCAGUUUGCCAAAGUUUUACGUGGACAUCAUCAGACUCUGAAAGAAGUUGAGCUACUGGGCGUGCAAAUUCAGGGGCAUGAAUGUUGGUCUUCCGUUUUGCAAGUCGUGCUGACAGAUCUUGACCUCAACGACCUCAAUAUCUGUGGUUUGAUGAAGAUGCCGGAUAUGUAUGAAGAAGUCAUCUUUCCUGAUGGCAAGGAUCGCCUAUCUGUCGACAAACCAGAAGCAAUCAAGGAGUUGAUUUCCCAAAUGUUGGCGCAAGGUGUGCAGUACAAGGAUAUCGAUGCUUGA